CUUCACCUCAGCCUGACCUCUUGAAUCGGCGUAUUGUGGUAUUUGAACUCGAACCCCGCACUGAUCCACAAUGUCAACCUCCUUCCCCUCUCCAAGCUAUUCUUCCUCAAUUGGAACUUUCUUUGCCGCUUCCUACUCAUAACAAAGUCAAAAUGUCAUUGUUUCUCGAUAUCGCCACUGGAUUAAUCGCAGUCGGAAGUUUAUCGACUGCCGCAGCCUCAUGGUACAGUGCCUAUAUGCAAGCAAGCAAUGCUGGAAAUGUGGAAGAAGCAAAUUACUGUUAUGCGCAAUUAGGUCAAUGCUUAGCGGAGGAGGGCCAUCUCAACUAGACUUACAAAUGAGCAAGCUGUUACAAGCAGAUUUGUUUAGCUUGUUUGUUCAAGACUUGUAUUUCAUUCUCGUAGAAUGGAUGGCAUUUACAGAGAAUAAGAGUCAUUUCUGGUGACAGAAGACGGCCUGUAGGCCUAGAUAGUGCCCUGCGCGUCUGCAGAGCACAGCCAGUUUC